UCCCAUGCCCGGACUUGUGGUGGCUGCAGCGCGCAGCUUCGACUUGUGGAGGAAGUGUGUGUUGUAGUGGUUGUUCUGUGCGCCACUUCGCUGUGUGUGGUUUAGGACUUAAAACAAAGAAGAACAAGACGUGUUUGGGGUACAUCGUGAGCCCCUGAUUGUGCAAAGAGGGGCUCUGAUGAGUGAGCUCAAUGACGGGCUGAGGGCUCUUUAACAUACGUCCUCCGUUCUCUUUUUCUGCACCUCUUGACUGACAAAGGAGGGCAAAGCAAGACUCCAAAGUAGCUUCCAUGCUGUCUGCAAAGCAGGAGGGACCCAGAUUCAACAUGGAGGAGGGUUACGAGCUGGACUUGACUUAUAUCACAGAGCGCAUCAUUGCCGUGUCCUUCCCUCUGGGAUGCCUGGAAGAGAUCUAUGCUCACAACCUGAAGGAUGUUACUCGAAUGCUGAAGUCCAAGCAUGCCGACAAUUACCUGAUUAUCAACCUAUCAGAGAAAAGGCAGGACCUGUCAAAAAUGAAUCCAAAGACUCUGGAUACAGGCUGGCCCGAUCUGCACGCCCCACCUUUGGAUAAGAUCUGCACCAUUUGUAAAGCCAUGGAGAGCUGGCUCAAUGCUGACCCGCUUCACGUCGUUGUUAUACACUGCAGGGGCGGCAAAGGUCGAAUCGGUGUUGUCAUUUCAUCCUUUGUCCAUUUCACCGAUGUAUCUGCCAGUGCUGAUCAGGCACUGGACCGCUUCGCUAUGAGGAAAUACUACGACGACAAGGUGUCUGCUCUGAUGACACCGUCACAGAAGCGGUAUGUUUGGAUCCUCAACAGUCUUCUAAGCGGAUCCAUGAAGAUCAACACCUCACCUUUGUUCCUGCACUGCAUCAUCCUGCAUGGAAUACCCAAUUUUGACUCCUCGGGAGUUUGCCGACCGUACGUCAGAGUCUACCAGGCAAUGCAAGCAGUGUAUUCAUCCGGAAUCUAUCACAUUGGUCCAGGCCACAGGGGGCGGAUUUGUGUCACCUUGGAGCCGGCCCAGCUUCUGAAAGGGGACAUAAUGAUUAAAUGUUACCAUAAGAGUGAGGUUUCUUCUGAGCGCGAAGUUAUCUUCCAGCUGCAGUUCCACACAGGAGCGGUGCGGGGUUACAACUUGAUGUUUGAUAAAGAGGACAUGGAGGCUGCCAACAAAGAUCACAGAUUUCCAGAUUAUGGCAAAGUAGAGCUGAUUUUCUCUGAGGGACCAGAGAAGAUUCCAGGUGCUGACAGAUGGCAGAACGGCGUUGAUGUUACAGUGGACUACAACACUGUCGACCCGCUCAUCCGCUGGGACUCCUACCAGAACAUCUGUGAUGCUGAAGUACCUCGCACUCAAAGCCUAAGUCAGGACAAACCGUCCACCAAGAGAAACCCCAACGGAGACGAGGCCACGCUAGGCCGAGGGGCCUGCACCACUUCUGCGACCUCCAGUCCCGACCACAGUGACCACGCCCUCUCUGUCAGCAGCGAUUCUGGCCUGUCUAGCACCUCCCUUUGGGCCGACAAGCCCACACCUUUGUCCACUGCUGUCACGUCUGCCACCAUCCGCUCCAACAAGGUCCCCAGUCACCAGGAGAAAGUCCAGCUCAAACGGCUUUUAAGCAGAUUUGGAGUUGAGGACCCCUCGCUGGAGGAGAUGGAGGAUCCACCCCCAAGAGUGGUCAUCCAUCAGAUAGUCCCAGCUCAAGUGCAUAUUAAUGGAGAUCCACAUCCUCAAGACAGGGAGACUGACAUCUUGGAUGAUGAAGUCAUUACAGGGAAUGAUCUGCAUAGUGUUGACAGCUUUGGGACAUUGUCAUCGUCCUGCCACAAGAGCAGUCAGAACUCCCUCCUCUCUGAUGGCUUUGGUAGUCCUGGAGGGGAGGAGCAGCAAAGCCAGACUCACGUUCAUCACCCUGCAUCUUCUGCCAUGGAGGACUUUGAGAGACAUUAUGGUGAGGGUAGAAGGGGCCAUCUUGGCUCCAAGAGCAACUCAGUGGUCACUUCCAACCCUAGCAGCGCUUCCGUGCCAAAGCAGCAUGUAUACAGACAGGGAAGCUACUCCACACAUUCAUGGGUCCGUCAACAGCAGAUGGUUGCUGUGCAACAGCUCAUCUACAUGCCUGAGGAUGGAAAUGACACAGAAAGGUACCCAGGCAACAAACAAGGGAGUAGUUCACCUAAAGACGGCUUGUCCAUGGAGCAGCAGAACUCAACUUCUCUGAGAAGUACAGCUCCUCACAAGGAACAGGCGAUGCUCAACAAUAACAACAAUAACAAACGCGAUGAGGAGUUCAAAUCUCUAACGAUGGACAUUGAUAACUCCAUAGACCAGCUUAACCAGCUCAUCAUGGACCUGGAUCCCACCUUUGUGCCUCUCUCCAACCAAAACGAGUCCAUGAAGAAGAACGGAGGCAACCACUUGAAUAGCUCGGCUUCCAAAUGCUCAAACGGCAUUGAUGUCAGAUUCAGUGAGAAGAACACACAGCAGACAGCUGUGCAGUUCAAUGAUGGGUGCGGGGAUGUCACUCGGAGUUUCAGUCGUCAGGGAAGUGAUGUCACGGAUCUCCCAAGCUUUUGCAGCUCAGGGUGGGUGGCGCCAGAGUACAGCAACCAGAGGAUAUACUCCCCCUGUGUGUCACAGUCUGAGCAUACCGUGUUGUGCAGGAACGACAGUGCUGAUUAUAGGGGACAAGGUCCAGAUACAGACAGCGGGGUUGAAGCUGGGUGUGACAUCACUCCUCCCACACCUGCCUUCCCUAUAUCUCCACCUACACCCUAUGUGAAAAAUAUGUCAGAAUUCACUCAUUCCUUCCGGCAAACACCGUCUCCCAGCAUGCAGUCUUAUGGAGGCUAUAGAACUGACCAUGAAUCGCAGGGAUUUUCAGAGAUGAUGAAUCAUGCUGGAGUUGAUGUGUCAUACUCUACUAUCAACUGCCACAGGACGCUAAAUGCUGCACAAUCUGCCGCCAUGGUUGGGUCCCAUCAGAGGACAGAUAGUCCAUUAGUGAACCAGUCCUGGCAGGGGGAACAUCCUAUCCUGAACCAUCAAGCCUCUUCAACCAACAUCCCCUCCGCUAGACAAGCCCCCCAGUGCUCUGCCUCACAGGACUAUGGCCACCACCAUGUCCACCCGGCGCCUAAUGCCCACAGCUCGCCUCGUAGCAGCCAGCGUAGCCGUAUGGCUUGCUACACCCUGAACCACAGUCCAGCCCAAAGCUUUAACGAGCAAGAGGACACGGGUGUAGGUUACAGUUCGGAUUGUCCCACUUCCACCUUGUCUGUACUCGGAAACGGGGCUAUGGAAAGAGAUAUACUCAACUCUUUGGAUGGCAAUCAGUCACAGCUCCACCAAUUGCAACCCCCACAUCUGCCUGAGAAGAAGAGGGCAUCGGACGGGGAGAAUUCACUGGGAAGAGCCUCUCCGGCGCUAAGUGGUUUCUCAAGUCCACACAGUGGGAGCUCGCUGAGUAUCCCCUUUCCUAAUGUCUUACCUGAUCUGUCUGCACAAAUGCCAGGAACAGGCUCACUUCUGCCAGAUGUUCUUAACAGCAAGCAGGUUACUGUCAAAUUUGUACAGGACACAUCCAAAUUCUGGUACAAGCCUGACAUCUCAAGAGACCAAGCUAUUUCAGUCUUAAAGGACAAAGAGCCAGGCUGCUUCAUUGUGCGGGACAGCCAUUCAUUCAGGGGGGCCUACGGUCUGGCGAUGAAGGUGGCCACACCUCCACCUUCAGUUAUCCAGCAGACCAAGAAAGGCGGAGAUCUUUCUAAUGAAUUAGUGCGCCACUUCCUGAUUGAAUGCACACAGAGGGGGGUUCGCUUGAAGGGUUGCCCCAAUGAGCCUUAUUUUGGAAGUUUAACUGCACUGGUUUGCCAACAUUCAAUUACUCCCUUGGCUCUACCUUGCAAACUCAUCAUUCCAGACAGAGACCCACUAGAGGAUGUUGUGGAGAACACCUCACAGUCAGUCACCAACUCUGCUGCAGAGCUCCUCAAACAAGGAGCAGCUUGUAACGUGUGGUACCUAGGCUCGGUGGACAUGGAGUCCCUGACGGGGGUCCAGGCGGUGCAGAAGGCCACCGGUAUGACUCUGAGCUCUAAUCCUCCUCCAAUUUCCACGGUGGUACAUUUCAAGGUGUCCUCACAGGGAAUCACCCUCACUGACAACCAGAGGAAGCUUUUCUUCAGGAGGCAUUACAACGUCAACACUGUUAUAUUUUGUGCUUUGGACCCUCAAGAUAGAAAGUGGAAAAAGGAUGGCUGUCUAUCAGCAAAGAUUUUUGGCUUUGUGGCCAGAAAAAGCGGCACUUCCAUGGACAACGUGUGUCACCUGUUUGCAGAGCACGACCCUGAGCAACCGGCAAGUGCCAUCGUCAAUUUUGUGUCCAAGGUGAUGAUUGGCUCGCAUAAGAGUAAGUGAGGAACCCCAUACCCUGGAGAGACUGAGAACUGGAAAUAGCAACGAUAAAGAUGGUAAUGACCCUAAUAUUACCAUGAUAGUCUGCUGACAAUGAACUUUUAAUACUUCAUUUAUACUGAAUUUACUUAUUACCAAUAAUAAGCAGUCAGGGCAUUACCAUUGUUGAUGAAUGUCAAUGUUUUUUUCUCUUGCUAAGUGUUUAUAAGUUGCUUCCAUGGCGUACUUGGCCUGCAUAUUUGAUCUAUGCAACAUAAAAGUAUAUUUUUGUAAACCUACUUAAACAUGUAUAAGCAUUUAAGUCUUUUUAUUUAGUUGGAUGUGAAUGGGACCACUUUCAAGGAAAGUGUGUGUGUGUGUGUGUGUGUGU